AUGACAUACGGCCGGAGCUCUUCAUCCAUGAUUCCCAGCCUAGUGAGGAACGAAGUCCGGCAGAUCAUUACAAAAGAUCUCCUUUUUCGUCUGUGGUCGAUGUUUUCGCAGCAAAAGUGUUCAUUUAAGAGGAGAAAUUACAUUCUGAAUUAUGAAGAGAAUUCGAAGGAAUCAUUGCUCUCCAGUGAAGUUUCUCGCUUCCGGAAAGCUUCUUCUUCUUCACAGAAUCCGGCCACCGUUCCGAGUGGUUUUCUGGCGGUUUAUGUUGGAUCAGAGCUCCGGCGAUAUGUGAUUCCGGCAACUUAUCUGUCUGUACCUGAGUUUAGGGUUUUGAUGGAGAGGGCAGCGGAGGAAUUUGGGUUUGAACAAGAAGGAGGGUUGAAAUUUCCAUGCGAGGAAGAAGAUUUUGAGGAGGUUCUUCUCAAAUGUUUAGCGACACAGGGGAAGUUAAAGAAAAAGGGAAAGAAAUCUCCUGGGAAAGAAAAAGAGAAAAAAUGUAGGUACACCAAUAGAAGCCAAUCUUUGUGUUCUCAUCAGUUAGGUCUUAUACGUAAACAUGUAGAAGAGUUGCAAAGACGGUGGGUUAGCGUUACAAUUGCAUUUACGGGACGUCACAGGCAAAGGGAACAAAGGUGUGGUGGCAUUUGCAGAUGGGUUGCAGGAGAGGGACAAUCACAAUAG